UUAUUAAUAUACAUAAAUUGCUUUCAAUCAUGUUGAGUGGCGCAGGAUUUAUUUUGUCGGUGCCAGGAAUAUUGAAAAUAGUGUCGCUGUUGUGCAUCACCAUUGGAGGUUCGAUUUUCGCAGCAUUUGGAGAGUGUACCGAAUCGAUCUUUUGGACUAUAACUUACAUCGCCUCUUCAACGAUGAGUGUCGUUCUAUCGAUAAUAUCAUAUGCAGUAUAUGCAGCUGAUCUGGUAAAAUCUCCGCUCUCCCUCAAAACACUGCACAUUGCUGAAAUUGCGUCUUCCUACAUGUUAUUUUUUCUGCUACUGAUCGUCUCCAUAGUUAAGAUGACACAAUGCUCCAGCCGCAAAUAUACUAUUGAUCAUGUUUCUGAGUCAAUAACAAUCGUUGGGGCUAUAAUGCUAGCGAUUGGCGGCACGCUUCUUUUUCUCGACUGGUACUCAUCAGUACGGGUCGAUGAUAAUCGGACAAACGCCACAUCACAGACGGAGAACGAAGCCAACUCACAGCAUCCCAGAAAAUCAAUAAUGGUUUAAUUUGCUUAGUACAUUUUUUUUUAAAUAUAUAUUUUCAUUAAGGCUCAUUUGCCUAUGUUAGCAAUAUGUAACCAAUUACUCGCGGUUGACUCGAGGUUAGUAUUAGAAUGAGUUUUUCAUAA